CCAGGGACACAUGCAGGGCAAAGGCGCUAGGGCGGCCGAUAAGGCUGUGGCCAUGGUGAUGAAGGAGAUUCCGAGGGAGGAGUCUGCAGAAGAAAAGCCCCUCCUCACUGUGGCAUCCCAGGGGUGCAGAAGCCAAAAGGAAGCAGAAUCAAGUGAAAAACUGGUGAAUGAGCAACAGGAGAGCAGACCCCUCCUGAGCCCCUCCAUUGAUGACUUUCUCUGUGAAACUAAGCCAGAAGCUGUUGCCAGGCCUGUAACAUCAAAUACUGCAGUAUUAUCAACAGGUCUGGAUCUCUUGGAUCUUAGUGAACCUGUCUUACAAACCCAAAACAAAGCAAAGAAAUCAGAGAAUCCUUCAAGAACUGAAGGCACAAAAGCUUCAACCCUCAGAAAGAAGACAGAGAAUCCUGACCUGAUCAGUGUGGAUUCUGAGCAGAAAGUCCAGGCUGCCAGAGUUGCAGACAAGUCUUCUCUAGAUUUAGUUGAUAUUCAGACACAGAUAGAGAAAUGGGAUGAUGUCAGUUUUCAUGGAGACAGGAGUAGCAAGGCCCACCCUUCUGCAGAGAGAACAUCAGCAUCAUCCAGAGCUCCAUCAAAAGAGAUUUUAUGGUCCACAGAAAACAGAUCACAGUCUGAGCUGGCUAAUGUCAAGAGUGCCUUGGACUCUGAUUCAGCAUCAGAAUUAGAACUUGCACCUGCAAUACAGGUGGGGGAGCAGUGUGGUCACAGGACUUUUUCCUGCUGGAAAAGGAACUCUAAUACCGAGGGCUCUGGGCUGAAGGCACGGUCAAGUAAGGAGCAGCGUUGGGGAACACCUCUUCUCUCCAGAAAUCACUCCUUGGAGGAGGAAUUUGAAAGAGCAAAGGCAGCUGUUGAGUCUGACACAGAGUUUUGGGAUAAAAUGCAAGCAGAGUGGGAAGAAAUGGCUCGCAGAAACUGGAUUUCAGAGAACCAGGAAGCACCAGGGCAAGUCACCAUCUCAACCAUCGAGAAGGGUUAUUAUUUCCACACUGACAAUCCCUUCAAAGACUGGCCUGGUGCUUUUGAGGAAGGACUGAAAAAAAUGAAAGAAGGUGACCUGCCUGUUACAAUCUUGUACCUGGAGGCUGCAAUUCUGCAGGAGCCCAACGAUGCUGAGGCCUGGCAGUUCCUGGGUAUAACACAGGCAGAAAAUGAAAAUGAACAGGCAGCCAUCGUGGCCCUCCAAAGGUGCUUGGAACUGCAGCCAAACAACCUGAAAGCUCUGAUGGCCCUGGCUGUGAGUUACACCAACACUGGCCAUCAACAAGAAGCCUAUCAAGCCCUGAGAAACUGGAUAAAGCAAAAUCCAAAAUACAAGUACAUAGUGAGAAGCAAAAAAGGGUCCCCAGCACUGACAAGGAGGAUGUCUAAGACAGCAGAUGAAAGCUCAUUACUCGAAGAAGUAAAGGAUUUGUACCUGGAGGCUGCUCACCAGAAUGGUGAUAUGAUAGACCCUGACCUGCAGACAGGACUUGGGGUUCUUUUUCACCUGAAUGGAGAAUUUAACAGAGCAAUAGAUGCCUUUAGUGCUGCUUUAACUGUUCGACCAGAGGACUAUACCUUGUGGAACCGCCUUGGGGCAACCUUGGCAAACGGGGACCGCAGUGAAGAGGCUGUGGAAGCCUACACAAGAGCUCUGGAACUCCAGCCUGGCUUCAUCAGGUCCAGGUACAACCUGGGCAUAAGCUGCAUCAACCUAGGGGCAUACAGAGAGGCUGUCAGCAACUUCCUCACUGCUCUCAGUUUGCAAAGGAAAAGCAGGAAUCAGCAGAAUGUUCCCCACCCUGCUCUAUCAGGCAAUAUUUGGGCAGCACUCCGGAUUGCUCUGUCUAUGAUGGACCAGCCAGAACUAUUUCAAGCUGCCAAUGUGGGUGAUCUAGACAUUCUCUUAAGAGCUUUUAAUCUAGAGCCGUAAUAAAAAGGAUUCACAAAUUUAUUAAAUUGUAUUAGGAAACAGAAAACUUUUUUAUUACUCAUCCCCAAAUGACCACAUUUUCCAAAAGAUCAUGACUGUAGAUCAGUAGGGGAAUUCCUUCAGACAUUAUUCAUAAAGGGAAAGUUCAAAAGCACAAAAAUAGUGUAAAUAAAUUCAAAGUCAAAGGGUUGAAAUGAGCUGUGGCUAAUCAGACAAAGCCCUGAACUAGAUGAAAUAGCAAUUUCUAAAGAAUCUCCAUCCCAUGCAAGCUAUAUCUCUCUAUAUACAUACAGCUGUAAAAAGAAAAGUAUCUUAAGAAGAAACCUAGAUAAUGGUUAUUGCACCUUAGAAUGGCAAGCAGUGCAUCCAAGGAACCUGCUUAGUAGCUCAUUGCACUAUGCUGACACCACUUUGCUCCACAGUGGGGAUUCCCUGUCCUUUGGUUUCUUUGAUGAAAAAUCUUCCCAAGAUCCAUUUUUAACACAGCUCUGAAAAUAGAUGCAUGUGAAAGGGAUGUGUUUUGUUUUGAAUGUAUUUAUUAGCUGGCAAUCAAUGUUCUGCUUCCAAAGGUACCUGGAUUAAUUUGGGCCCAGUUCUGCAGGCUCAUAAGCCAUGUGCAAUGUCAGGAGGAACAUGGUCCAUGCAGGGCUGGGGGGUGAGGCCAGGUACAUCUGGGGAAGCCAAGUGCUGCCAGCAGAAGAGGCAAUUUGCACUGGAAUUGUUGCUGUUCCAACCAGCUGUCCUUGAUCUGGGACAGUCUGAAGGAGCUCAUGGCAGGGUCUGCACCUUUCUGUGUACUUAUGCACUUUAAUCUUUCUUUUUGUAAAAUAGUGCUAUGCUUUUCUUUUAGUCACCAAAAACGGAAUGUACAGGAUGGCCUUGUUGGCAGAGAGGACCAAAUAUAAUUUCCUGAAAUGUAA